CAGCAAUUCCCAUUCCCAUCAGGGUGCUGGGCUGGAUGGAGAAGUUUAAACAGGGUCUACUUCCCCCCAGUUUUUGCUGCUGCUAAAUCAGAGGGAUCUUGGGGUUGCGUCAGGGUCUUGGGAUUGGGGUUACACUUCCUUGGUUUGAGAUACUUUGUACGUGGAUACUCCAGCACAGGACAGAGGAAUCUUUUUCGUUCUUAGGGCAUUUCCCCUUCCUUCCUGGGCAACCAGGGGCUGUAUGCAACUGGUGGGUAGGGCCAGAGACCAAAGUGAUCGGAGCAACAGAUGUACUUCUAAGCUGUAUCCCAGCCGUUCAGAAGUCAGGUGUUUCUCUACAUCUGCACAUCCAUCUCUCCAUCUAGCCAACCAAGAGACGGAUACAUUCCGAACAGGCAAAGCCACUUUGGGGUGGGGUGGAAUAGGGCUGGCGAAGAACAUGGUCUGAGCAGAGAGUCUUGUGGUCUGUGGAGAGUCUUUAAGGAUCAGAUAGGGAGCCUGGAUUUUGGCCCAGAGGCAUGAGGUUUCCCAUCGCUUCUUUACUGUAUCAAUGACCUUUUGCAUCAGUUUCUCACUUAGGGUCUUGCUAAAGAUUUUCCAAACUUUGUUCAGCCAUCUGUUGUAUAUUAAAUUAGGAGGCCAGUAGAGAUGCAACUUUUAGCUGUGUUUUUUAGCUUUUAGCUCUUGUGGUUUUAAACACUGCAGUGCAAGAUGCUAAAAAGAGCCGCUUUUUCUGGUGGUGGAAGAGGGGUGCAACAUACUGGCCACAAACUGACAGAGCUGGCAAGGAUCUUAAGAAAGGUUGAGCUGCGAUGCCUUAAGGACCGUCAUGAGAAUCACACCAUGAAGUUGUGGAGUAACAACUUGUCCUUUGGCAUUCAGAAGAGACUUUAUAGCCCUUUUUGCCAUGGAUCCACUUGCUAAAAAGCACACGUGCAGGUUUCUCUAGAGUUCAUGGCUGUAGAGUUGGCUGCAGGGUGUUGGACAGAGAGCCUGACUCUAGUCUCUUCUGCCAUCUUAAGUUAUUGAUCUAUGAAAAAUAAUCUAUGAAUAAUCCUCGGAGGUGUCAUGACUUUUAGAAUUAUUUUGGAAUGUGUUUCAACAUAGGUUAAAAAAAAUCUAAAGUAGAUUUAAAACUCAGGAGGAUACUGGGUCAGUUUUUCACACACACAUUUUUGAAUUUCUUUUGUAUUUCCUAGGGAGAAAGCAUUAUAAACGCCUUGGAAAAUCUUACCUUAGUUGCCGCAGAUUUUUGAUAGUAUUCUGAUAUCAGACCUGCACCCUAGAUGGUUCAGGGAUGAGCAAGCAAGACAUAAGUUCUUGUUUCACUCCCAUCCCUCAGUGCACAGGGCUUGCAGAAAAAUACUGUAGUCAUCUGCACACCUUGUUGUGCUGCAUUAUUGAAUCCUGUGGGAUUUCUAAGCAAAUGUAAUUUGAAUACAUCUGCAAAUUCCAUUUUUUAUCAGCUCCCUUAGUGGGAAAAAAUGAAACGGAGCAGGAGGAUUUUAAUAUGAAAAUAUAUUUCAAAUAAGUCUUGUGUUCUUCACUUGCCUCCAGUUAAACUACACAGUGGGUGACAUCCGGUAUUAGUCAUACUUAGAGCAGACUUAUUUAAAUCAAUAGGUUUACUCUGAUUUUGAUAUUGCCUCCUAUUUCUAUGAGAUAUCUAAAGUUUUGACAUUGCUAUAAACUUCAAGAAGUGCUUUAAGAAAGUACAUUAGACAUUUCAAAAAAGGAAGAUUUGUAUUCAAGUAUAAUCUUCAAUACAGUUUUUUUUACUGCUGCAGAUUUGCUAUUUGAAAAUCUAUCCCUGCAUCAUCAAUACCAUCUGAUGAUUUGUUUUUACAUUUCCUUCCUCCGCACAUGCAUGAGAGCACACAAACAAAGACCACUCUUGAAAAAGCCUUUUCAAAUAAGAAUUUGUGAUUUGCAUUCCCUGGAUUUUGUUUUAACGCUUGACUUGUGCUUGGCACUCAUUUUGCCAAUCUGUGUGCAGUAUUUUCUUACUGUGAUAAUCUAUCAAGGCAUUCAUAAUACCUGAAAAAUGCAUUGUGAACAGCUUGCUUAUGACUAUUGAUGUGUGGCCCAGGACAGCUGGUGGAAGUGAGGGGAAAAUCUUGGCUGCUGGAACAGAUAUAGAAAAUGAGUUACUUGGAAGGACUGAGGCUGGUUUGGGGUAGUGUAGAGAAUAGCAAGAGUUGCACAAGUUUUAUUUUGGAGGUCAAGGCAUUUAUGCCAAUGUGCAUCUCUUGGAGCCCAGAAUCCAGAUAGGAAUGUUUAUUUUGGGGGAGCAGCAGCAGCAGCAAGGUAGACUCAUUUAACCAUGCAUGCUGCUGUACUGAUAGGUCAAUGUCUUUAAAUAUCCAGAAUGUUUAUGCAUUGGUCAGUGGAGACACAGAAUGGGAGAGAGAGAUAGAAAGGAAAUGAUCCCCCCCCCAACAGUGUGAUAGGAGGCAGGGAGGCACAGCAGGAGGGCACAGCCUGGGAUGGCAGGAAAAGGAUAGAGACCUUGUUGGCUGCUUGGACAUAUGAAAAAGUAAGUUAUAGAUAGCAGAGAAAUGGAGAUGUAUGAACAGUCCUUUAUCUCCAGGGAUCGACAAUAGUGAUGCCCUCUACCCCUGCCCAACUCAGUCACACCAUUAAGUUCCACCAUGUUCAAUGGGAGUUAUCCCAAAUUUUCAAAAAGAGCCACAUAUUAUUUCCCAGGUAAUUGUAUCCAGCCCUUUUUGAAGUCAUGGGUGGUGACAUUUGCACUAUGACUCAGCCCCCAAGAUGACAUGGUCAAGCCCAGCACUGCAGGAAUCACAACAGAAGUGUGUUUAUACUGAAAAUAUACCUGUUAAACUUUUGGAUCAUUCAUUGUCCUUUUUUUGCUGAUGCAGUGAAAAUCUUAAUGAAGCAUAUAAGGGCAUCAUUGGAUAAGUGCAGGUGCAUUAAGAGUCUCCUCCCCUUCUACACUAGUGGUGUGCUGCUGAAUAAGAAGACCACAGCAGCCAUACUCCACUGGCAUCAAGCACAGCAUCUGAACCUGUGCAGUGUUCGGCAAUAAAAGGAGGGUUGUAAGGGCAGCAGAUGAAUGGUUGAAGCAUUCUAAUCAGUCUCCACUAAAUUUGAGGUGAGGAUCUAGAAGAGCCACUUGAUGUGGAUGUGGCAUCAGCCAUGGUUGAAGUGUCCCUGACUGAGAUAAUGUCUGCUGCUAUUCUACAUCCAGUUGUAUCUAAAACUCAGAAAACAACAGAACAGUAUCUUCUACAGCAGAAGAGUUUGGAUUUGAUAUCCCGCUUUAUCACUCCCUUUAAGGAGUCUCAAAGCGGCUAACAUUCUCCUUUCCCUUCCUCCCUCACAACAAACACUCUGUGAGGUGAGUGGGGCUGAGAGACUUCAGAGAAGUGUGACUGGCCCAAGGUCACCCAGCAGCUGCAUGUGGAGGAGCGGAGACGCGAACCCGGUUCCCCAGAUUACGAGACUACCGCUCUUAACCACUACACCACACUGGCUCCAGCACCUUGUUCUGGAAAACAAUUCCCUUCUGAAGCAGCCGCAAACCACCACUGCCACAACUAUGAAGGCCACUUCCUUUUCUUCUGGCAAUAAUAAAGUAAUGUCACACCACUUCUUCACAUCAAGGUGGUAUCUACAGCUGCGGCCACGCUAGAUGCUGACAAAUUAGGCAGCACAGCAAGCAUGGCUGGCAAGUGUCCUCCUUUGUAUGAGAGCCCAACUUAAAUGACAAAGGCAAAUACCUUAUCAACAGCAAGUACUGCAAAGUGAUUGUGUGGUUGGGGAGAGAUGGAGGAUGUUCAAAGGUUGCUACUACAUUCCAUGCAGUUUCAUCUGUCUGCACUACAGGGGACUGCUGCAAAAUGAAAGAAGCAGAACACAUCAACAGCAUCUACACAUUCUUCCAGGUUCCCCUCCCCAGGGCAAUCUCCAUGUAAAAUUGAGCAGGUGGGAGAUGUGCAGUUGAGUUUGCAUCAAAGUAUUAACAAUGGCUUACAAAGCCCUAAAUAGCUUGGGACCCAAAUACCUGCAGGAGAGCUUCUUCCAUUACCAGCUAACUUGCUCCUUAAAAUCAGGUGGCAGCAGUUCUUCUUGUAGUCCCCACUUGGAUUUUGGGGAGGGUGGUUGUAUGUAGAAAGGCCUCCUUGGUAGGACUAAAACUUUGGAACGAUCCUCCUACAAAUGUAUGCCAUUAUUGUUGGCCUAAAGAAGUCAACUGAAUACAUUUCUAUUUUUCCAUAGUUUCGUAGAGGACAUUUAAUCCUCAGCAAGAAUAUUUGAAUUGGUGUUUUAAUAAGUUGCUGCUAUUUCUUUUUAGUAUUACGAUUUUUUGUUUGAUGUACAUUGCCCUGAAUUCCUUUGGAGGAAGGAUGGUUUAUAAAUAUUUUAAAUAAACAGAAGAACCGCUAGGAAGCAAACCUGAGAGCCCAAUCGCCCUACAUGCUUCACAAGGUACAGUCCUGGGUGACGUUCGAGGAGUAGUUGAGGAAGGCCAUACAGGAGAAUGGGUACCUGCUUGUGCAACUACAAAACAGACAUAUCAAGGCUGUGGAAGGUAUUGAUUCCUGAUCACCUGGAUGGACCCACAGUUCCACGACACCUCUGGCAACUAGGUGCGGGGAGAUGGUCCUCUGGAAAUAAAAUUGAGAGAGCAUGUGACGGCCACCUGUUCUGCAAGAAAAAGGGUAAGAAGAAGCUUCCUCUUGAGUAGCAGCACUUUGUUUGCCUUUCUCCCAGGCAUACAAAGCUGUUUCUUAUCAUACUGAUCUUGGGCUAUAGGUUCCAGGAAGCUUACAGCUUUCAGAUUUUUCCUCCCUCAAGCAAAGAGAUGUGCCACAUUUCACAGCCAAUGCAAUUCUACUGCCUUUACAUUUGAGCCUCAGCGUAGAUCAGGCUUCACUAGUUAACCCUAUGUUCCUCAAAUAAACAGACAGGAAAGAUGCCCGUUUCUAGAUAAUUCACAACAACUCAUAAAACAAGAUCCAUGUAAACAGUCCAGGACAGCAAAGUUCAAAGGAGCACAAGCACCUUUUUGGUGAAACUGUCAACAUCAAGCUGAAUAAGUGCAUUGAGGCUCUAGCCAAUGAAGCGCUGAUUGAAGUACCCCAUGUGUAGUAGAAGGCCAUAUCCCCAAUCUGGCUGGUUGGGACCACUGCUCACCACCUUCCUCCUCCUGUCUAGCCUGGAAAUCCACUCCUGCUGCUUCUGCCAAGACCCAAAUUAGGAUGCAGGAGGAGCAGAGCAAUGAUAAGGAAGAUGGCCCAAAGUGGCAGCGAGCAGACCUGCUGAUCCACUGUUGUUUCCUCCACAAAGCAGGCAGCACCAGCAGGGCUUCUGUUGAUUGUAGGUCCUAAGAUUGUUGAUAUUGAUGGAGGGGCUUUUUUAAGCACUCUGGUUCCAAGCCAAUUAGGACUUGAUACACUGAUGCUAACACCUUGAAGGGAACCCAGUAGUUCACUGGUGGGCAGAGCAGGCAUGCUGGCUAGGGCAAAUAGGAGUUGGAGUCCAAGAACAUUUGGAGGGCCACAGGAUUCUCAGUUGUGGAGCAUUUAUGAUGGUGACUGCCUAAUACUGCUCAGAGCAGUAGUUGGGGCACUGUUGCUUCUGCCUGUCAUUGCCACCAGAAGGUCCUGCCCAAGCCCCAUAAGACGUGAAAUGGGCCCAGCAGCCAAUGCUGCCUUUCAGACAAAGUGAUCAGGAAGGGAAAAGAAACAGGCCCAUGAUGGCCUGGACCAGGAAAUAAGUUUUCUUGACUUUUUAAGAAAAACCUUGCAUACCUAAAAACCUUGCAUAUACAGGCACAGCCAGUAUAAUUGGAAAAGGAAGACCUAACCAACUUUGGGAUGUGAGUCAAUCCGAGAUGACUGUCCAGAGGGCAAAUUGGAUUAAACUGUGUAAAUGCACCUGUGCUCACAAGAUGUCACUCAUUCUCACCUGUUCGCAAGUCACUCAUAGGAAGGAAGCAGUGUGACUAUAUCUGCUUAAUCAAAUGUGUAUAUGCUGUGUUUUUGCUUUACUCCGAAAGCACACGGUUUCUAAUUUUCAUUGCUUUAGCUAGCAAGAAAACAAAGGUUGGUCAUUGAAGUGGUCAUCUGCUGUCACAUUGGUUCAGUAUUUCACUAGUGAGCAAGUAAAUGUCCAAAAAGAAAUCUUUGGCCUCAAAACUGAAUGACAUUUAAAAGAAAAGAAAAUAUCACUAAUUCCUAUCAUACCAUGGCUGAAGUGGUGCAUAUAGUGCUUAUUGUAAAAGGCUAGGUAUUCAGCCAUUGUGAAGUGCCCACAUCUUAACAAUAGACUAUUGAAAAGGUAAAUGAAGCUCAGACUGUUUCAAUAGUACCACUGUUGAUGGGAUCCAGUCAAAACCAUCCAGCAAGCAGUGAGUUAACUAACCAGCCCUUUGGAAGAGGAAAUGGAGGGUUGUGCUGUCUGAUUAUAUUGACAGCCACUGUGGGCAUAUAUUAAGGAGCAGAAAAGUCAUAGCUUCAAAGUCUGUGUAGCUUUGUAUCUGUCUCGCUUUUGUCUCGCAGUUUCAAGAUCCAUCAUGCUGCAUCAGAUAGCCUUGCUGGCCACUGUUACUGUCCUGGGAGUCUUGGAACAAGGUAAGGAGCAUGCCACUACUAUUAGAGACAAGUUUAAUAUCUCUUUUUAGGCAAUAUAAGCCAAAUAAGAUCUCUCAAGUUAAAUAGGAAAUACUGUAUGUACCAUUGAUGUAGCUGUUGGGAGAAAAAGAUGAACUUUAAAGUCUAAAAAGAUAAUUGACUUGCAACUCUUGCCUUAUAUUUUAGAGCGGCAGAGAAUGUAAACUGGAUUGUAAAGCCAUACUUGCAGUGUUGAUAAUGGUGUAAACAACUUUUUAAAACAUUUGUUCAUUAGAAUGCCAACAAUUGCCUGAAGAAACAAAAUUGUAAGAAGGGUCAAGAUUAACUGAACUAAAUCAAAGGGAUAAUUUGCUAGGGAAUUUAGGCUUCUCUCAUGGGAAACCUUGAGUAGUAACAAGAUGAUUUAAAUCUCUGUCUCCAGGAGUUAGAGCAAAAUACUGCAUAAAGUGAGGUACAUGGAAUGUAAAGUGUCCCUAUUGCAUCCUAGCAAUUUCAUAUGCAACGGCAGAUUAAUACAUAAAAAGGCACUCAAAUCAACUUUAUUCUUUUUGCAUAAUGAGCAGGGGAAAGAAUAAUGAUCAAGGCCGUUCAAAUCUGGCAACAAUAUAAAGAGACUUUAAUGCGGACUUGAUAGAUAGCAGCCUGUUCCCCAAAAAAACAAAAAACCCAACCCUUUAGUUGUGGUAUAAACUGACAGUGAGAUUUGUUUUUAAUUCCUGAAUUGACAGCUUGACCAAUUAAAAAUGUCAGCUAGAGUAGUGUGUUUAUUGUGUGCUGAUGUAUAAUAUCUGAAAGUCUGUUCUGGCGAUAUGCUGGGAACUGUCUUACCCUUUUUUAAAAAAACACCUGUUCAUACAAGUGGGGUCUUCAUAUGAGGGGAUAACAUGCAGAGCAAACUUGCAUGAGUUUAUGAUUCCCCUUACAACAAAAGUAUAACUGUAGGUUGUAGGGUUCCCGCCCCCCCAAAGAGGAGACUGUAAUCUCACAGGAGCUGAUGUGAGUAAACUGCCUGUUUUUUGUUAUUUUUUUAUUUCAGUUGUCCUAGCAUAUUUUUAGGAACCAGGUCUGAGUAUUAAAAAUAGAGUUGUAGAAAAUAAUCGAUUUGAUGGAAAUCUGAUGGCAAAUCAACAGUGUGUGUCAUUUAAGACUGAUCCUAAUUGUAGCAAGUGGGACUUGUAACCAGGGCUGGCCCAAGAUAUUUUGGCACCUGAGGCAAACCGCAAAGUGGUGCCCCACCUCCCAGCUAGGAAAGAAGGGGUGACUGAGUAUGUACAUCAGCAAGAAGCAACAUAGGGAUCAGCUGCCCCUGUGGAUCCUGCCACUUGAGGUGGUUGCCUCACCUUGCCUCAUGGGUGGGCCAGCCCCGACUAACAGAAUUUUGCCGUGUGGAGGCCCUGCCAUUCCUUGUUCCAGUCCAUCAGGCAUGUCUCCCCUGUGCUACUCCAUUCCCCUGCUCCCCUGGUUUUCCAUUCCCCCCCCCAAAAAAAAACAGUCGAGUCAGUACCUCACUGGGCUGCUCCUGGUUUUUUCCCCUCAAUUUUUUUUUCUUUUGUGAUAUUUCUGCAAACUUUGGGGUUCCUCCGCAUUUGCUGAUACCUCCAAUUUAUGCAUGGCUAUGCCUGUUUUGGCAUCUUAAGGAACUGUACACAUGUCUAAAAGAUAAAGGUAAAGGGACCCCUGACCGUUAGGUCUAGUCGCGAACGACUCUGGGGUUGUGGCGCUCAUCUCGCUUUAUUGGCCGAGGGAGCUGACGUUUGUCCGCAGACAGUUUUUCCAGGUCAUGUGGCUAGCAUGGCUAAGCUGCUUCUGGCGAACCAGAGCAGCGCACGGAAACGCCGUUUACCUUCCCGCCGGAGCAGUACCUAUUUAUCUACUUGCACUUUGUGCUUUCGAACUGCUAGGUGGGCAGGAGCUGGGACUGAACAACGGGAGCUCACCCCGUCACGGGGAUUUGAGCCACCGACCUUCUGAUCGCCAAGCCCUAGGCUCUGUGGUUUAGACCACAGCGCUCCCUCCCCACAAAAACAAAGAUAAUUAAGUGCUUGUGCAGGAAGCCAGAGUGAUCUUAUCUUUACCUUGGAAAGGCAGUACCCAGGCUAAUAUGAGUCAUAUUUUCUAUCUUUUGGCUUUCCCGUUAAAGCCUGACAUCCUUAGUCAAUUAAUAAAUCUCUCCCUUUCUUUUCUGGAAUAAGUCAGUGGGGGUGGAGGCAGAGAAACAUGAAAGUCAGCUGAGGGAUGCAGGUCUUAUAGAGUGCUUUCUGCAGCAGCUGAAGUAUUCCUUAAAGACACUCACAGUUAAUAAAUGUUGGUUUAUUCAGUUCCUGAAACAGCUAGGCUACUUUCCUGGUAAGGUAAUGGUCCUCUAAGCAUGGGCCAUUAAGGUGACAAAGGAAGUCAUAGUUAGAAAGACAAAGGCCAGAGUUGAGAGUUGAAUUAUGUGAGCUAGAAGCUAGAUGCUGGCAGGUGGUGCAUCUGGGAGACAUAGCCAUGCCUGAUUUCUGUUGGAAUCCAAGGCUGUGGCUUUGAGGGAAGCAAGAUCCUCUUGGGGUGAUAAUGCUGUGAACCCCUCCAUCAUAGGCUCAGGUUGUAUAUAUGUGUAAAUAAGCCUUCUAUCAUAAAGACACCACAGUCUCCAGAGUCCUUCAUUUCAAAGGAAACACAAAGGUAAGCACCUUUAACCCCUGGAAUUUCACACCGCUUAGAGAUCAGGGCGGCAUGCCGCGAUAUGAAUGAGACAUGCAAGGUAUGUGGAAAAAUAAGAGAGCUGAGAGAUUGAGGAGUCAAACUGGGAAAGAGGAGCUGAAAGACACAGUGGAGAAAAAGGAGUGAGAGUAGGCACGAAGUGAAGAAGUAAUUUGUAAAGGAUGUCUAGAGCAUGCAGUAAGAUAAAAAGGCUGGAGCAGGCGCAUGAAUAAAAGUCACACUAAAAGCCUGAGGAGAUGAUGAUGGAAGAGAUGAAAGUGGCCAGAGAAAUGAGCUAAGCAUUACCAAGAGAUGUUUUGGAGAGGAAGACUGAAUCUGAAUAUAAGAGGCAGAGUGCUGGAGUGAAAAAAGGACAUAAAAUUAAUAUAAUCUAGGAGAAAUGGAUUCAGUGCCCGCCCCGCUGUCAAGAUGUUGUGCUGCAAGGGCACAGUUCCUAAGCACUUAAAAGAAAGCAGUCAGCACUGAGAUGGAGGUCAUGGAGAAGGGAGCAAAAUCAUUGGGGGAUUUUGUUUAACAGAGGGGCUUGGUGGUUGUUUGUGAGAUAUAAUCAUGUGUAUUAACUUUUGUAUUUGUGAUUCUCUGUGUUUUCGUAAGCUGCUUAGAGGUUCUGGUGCAGGCCAUACACAUACCCAAUUAAAUAUUCAAAUAAAAAAAGAAGACCUUCCAAUUCAGAGUAGGGUGUGUGUCCGUCCGUCCGUCCGUGUCCCCUUUCCCUGGCCAGGGUUGAGCUAUCGCAUCUCUUUUUUCCAAAAGCGAAGUACCAGGGUGUAUAGCAAUUGCUGUUAAAGUUUUCACUAUUAGAUACAUUCAGCCCUUUAGCCCCCUAGUUCUCCAGUCAUUAUAUCUUCACUGCCCUCCAUGGUUGUCACUUGACAGUGCAAUGCGGACUGAGCAUUCCCAGAGACCAUACAAUUCUUUGUCUAUGUUGGUAGAGAAAUGGAAAAUGCAGGGAGUGGGUGGGCAGGAGAUGGAAUGGGUAUCUUGGGAGAGCAUGGCUGGUUGUCACUUCACAGUGCAGGACUCAGGUCUUGAUUUUAUUGGCCUUCUCAUGUUAAGAUAAGCCACAAUGCUAGGCUAAGGGCAGCUGGGAGCAAAUCUCUGCAGUUGUGUUUCUAAGAAGCGAUGGCCUCAUUGGCUUGAUUCUCUGCUUAAUUCAGUGAUCUUGAGGGGCUGCUGAAUUAUAAUUUCACUCCUUACUAGAAACCAGGCAUCCUCAACCUCGGCCCUCCAGAUGCUUUUGCCCUACAGCAUCAUGAUCCAUAGCUAGCAGGACUAGUGGUCAGGGAUGAUGGGAACUGUAGUCUCAAAACAUCUGGAGGGCUGAGGUUGAGGAAGCCUGCUAGAGACUGUCAUUCAAUAACUGAUCUGAUGACGGUGCCAGUUCCAUUAAUGAAGAUAAAAAGGGAGAGGGAGAUGUUAUACAGUCAACCAUUUUUCUUAAUAAUCAAGUUUAUAUCUCAGGCUUUCACCUCUUGAUUAGGGUAGAUGGAGUGGAAUCAAAAUGUUAAUUUAAAUGUUGUCAUUUUUCUAGCUUUCACUGCUGGGAAAGAAAAUGUACAAGCUGUUUCAAUUAAAUGUUUAAAAAUGUGGAAAUGGUUUGGGUAUUAGGGACCAAAACAACAGAGUUUUGUGGCCCCUUGAAGUCUAACAGAUUAAUUGUGGCACAAGCUCAGGAUGGAGAAGCUGUGGCCCAAGAUGUUCUUUCUUGGACUCCAGUUCCCAUCAUCUUCACUUGGCAUGGCCAGUGGUCUGGAAUGAUGGGCGUUGUAGUUCAGCAACAUCUGGAGGGCCGCAAGUUCCCAAUCCCUGGGAUAACCCUUUUCUAGCCUAGAAUCCACUUUGUCAGGUACAUGAAGCAUAAUCUUCAGUUGGCAGGCUAUCUUUUUGCAUUUCACUGCCACUGAACUCCAACCUUUACCUGUUUUCCCCUUUUACAACUGCAUGCAUCUGAAGAAGUGGACCUCCCUGUUCAAUGGAAAUUUUACUUGUUUCUUUUCCUAGUUUUUGGUGGCACUGGUUAGCCUGUUUUUGAGCCAUGAGUCUGUUUUUGUUUUACAGUUCUGAUUUUGUGGUUUUACUAUUGAUAAUGAGGUUGUUGUUAUUUUACUGCUAUCUUAAUUGUGUCUUGUAAUUAUACUUUAUUUUUUAAUGCAACCCCGCUUUGCCAUCACUUGUGAUAAAAAGUGGUAUACAAGUACAUUAAAGGAAUCAUUUUUUUAUGUGCCACGAGGUGUCUGUCCCUCUUGUUUGUUUGCUGCCACAGACUAUAAUGGCUCCUCCUCCAAGUUAUGGGUCUUCAUGCAGGAUCUAUACCCAUUUCUGUUUUAGCGCCUUUACACUUGUUCCCUUGAUAUCAAGUGUUUCAAAGCAACCCAAAACAAAACUGUGAACCCAAAAUGAAGUAUGCACACUAAUCAACAACAUAAAUCUGCUCAGAUUGCACAGUUUAAGCCUCUUGCUGAGAAUUGUUGGUUUUUGGCUGCACAAUUUUAGAAUUUUUCAGGCAUCUUUAUUGCUGUUGAGAGGAAAGCAAGACCAGGAUAAUGAGACUAAAGGUUAGUUUGCAAAUGGAUGAUUCUGUAACAAAUGAAACUUUCAUUUAUUACUCUUGCAAGUGAAAUGUGAAUGGUGCUUGCUAGUGCGGAUGAGCAAACUAUGGGCAUACUGCUCAUCCUCCAUUGUGCAACUAGCUGCUAUUGGUUGUUAUUUAGUGUAAUAAACAUAAUUUAAAAAACAAUAGAGAACCCAUUGUGCUUCAUUGGGUGAAAUAACUGGCUUCUCUUUCCUCCUUGUUUUACUUCCCAUCCAGCCUAUUUUGCCAUGCAGGUGAUCUACGUUCGGCGGAAGUGCAAAGUCUCUCCUCCUGUGACUUCAGGUCCACCAGAAUUUGAAAGGAUCUUCAGAGCUCAGUAAGUUAACCUGCUUCCUCCUUCCCUUCCCUUCCCUUCCCUUCCCUUCCUUUCCUUUCCAUGCCACCCCUCUCUAUAAUUUAAGUUUAUCCCAGCUUCCCACCCCUGGAGAUGUGAAUCUAGAUUACUCCAAGUAGGCAUAUCUCCCAGCGGCAUACUUCCAGUCACGUGGUGACAUUGGUUACCAUACAGUCAUCUACUUAGUUCCUAAACCAUACUUAGAACCAACUUCUAUUGGCAACAGCAGCUGUAAUUCUGCGUACACAUUUUAUGUGAUCAGGGUGUUAACCAACCACAUAUUUCCUCCGCCCCCAUUUCAGUCUCUCCAACGGGCUGCAUAGACUGGCAAUGCAUCAUCUCCAAAGGUUGCGUUUGAAAAAUUCUUAGAAGAGAGUUGCAUCAACAGGAGAUGCUGUGGUCUUGUUUGGGGGUUUCCCACAGGCAUGUGGUUGGCCAAUGUGAGAACAGGCAAAGACAUUUUGAUGAAACCUUUGACCAGUUUAAGAGACACUGACAUGCUUGUUGGCACAGAUGAGGUGCAACCACAUACACUUCAUAUACUACUUCUUGCCGUAGUUGUGUAACAACUGUGUAUUAUACUCACUGGCUUCAUGUCUGUGUGAUGUGACUACAAGAUCACUGAGUUUGAACACCAGACCUUCCAUACAUUGCAACAUUUGUGGAACAAAUAGUCUUGAGUUUUUGGCAGUUCAGUGAAUGUUUAGCAUUGAAGUGAUUUCGUGGCCCUUGUGAUUUUGUCCCUUGGGUAGCAUUUUGGCCAGCAUGCAGCUGAAUUCUGAUGGCAGGGAAGAGCAAGCUGUGACUGAGAGGCUCUGCUUAGCAAAGAAUUCCUACCCACUCACCUCUGCACAGCGCACUUGACCACCUCCUCUGGUUUCUAACUGACACUUUUUUUUAAAAAAAAAAGAUAUUUAUUAAGAUUUUCAGAGUAUUACAAAACAAAAAGAAAAAGAAAAAAGAAAAAAUACAAAGUAAAAAUAGUUAAAAACAAUUCAUUCCUUCCAUUGCUUAGCCUUCAUUUGCUUAUUUCCAGUACCUCCUCACACCUCCCUUUUUUGUAUUCCAGUUCAGUUAUUAGUUCAACAAAUCCCUCCCCUCUUUAUGUAUCCUAAUCAUUAAUCAUAAAAUAUUGUAAUUUUAGAUUUUUACCUAUUAAUAAACCAUUUUUUCAUAUUCCCUUAUAACAUUUCAGCUAAAGACCACUUAGUUUCUAUCCAACAUCAUUCUAACAUUCAUUAAUUUUGCAAUAUUUCUGUAAAUAGUCUUUAAACUUUUUCCAAUCUUCUUCCAUCAACUCUUCUCCCUGGUCUCGGAUUCUGCCAGUCAUUUCCCCCAACUAACUGACACUUUCAAAGGAGAUGCUAAAAUUGCUUUUAGAAUUCCGCAAAGACAUCGUGACAGUCUGCAUUCAAUGUAUGAAAAAAGGGGGUUCCAAUUAACACAUUCAUUUUAAAGGUAGUAAAGCUUGCCAGAGACUUAACAGUGAUGGUCAUAUACCCUUGUGUCCACAUGGGAAGUCACAAAAUAUAUGUGGGGGGGGGCAGGUAAGUUUUAUCAGAGAAGAUGCUGAUGUUUUUACACUGAAAUGAUAACUGCUUAAGAGCAAUCUGUACUUCACACUGACAGCCCCGUAUCUUCAAAGUUCAAGGUAGGAGGGAACAAUUUGCUUUGAACAAAGGACAAGGAGAAAUGGAGGGCUUCACCUUUCCCUUAUUGGAUGUUUCCCUUUCCCUCUAAACCCUCCCCCCAGGUUCCAGACCCAUUUUUGUGAAGUAAACAUGUACCUGGAACACAGUUGUGGGCAAAACCUGCUACCCACAAUUUUCAGAGGAAAAGCAAAGUAGCAAUGCAAAUUUUCUCUCCAGUGGGAGUUUUAUGAGAGCAAAGAGGACCAUGGGCCUUUAUUGUACACAGCUGCAGUAUAAUAUGUAAUUUGCCUCUCAGCUGAAUGUAGCCGCCUGCAGACUUUGCCAUUCUAAAAAUAAGCAUCAGUCCACCCGCAUCUGUUCAUAAACAGACACACAUGUGUGUCAUUUAAAAUUAAAUGGGCUCUACUGUGUCCAGCUGUAUCCUAUUCAGACUUUUAAUGAUUGAUGUGUGUACUGGUAAUCACCAGAUUGGACUACUGUAACAUAACUUUACAUCGGCCUGUCUUUCUGAAGACUGAAUUGAAACUUCAGUCAGUUCAAAGUGUGCUAGUAUGUCUCUCUGAUGGAUACAGUGCAGAGGAAGCAGAUACUACCUGGGCCAAGAUAAGUUCAUUGGCACAAUAUCUUUUUUCUGGGCAAUUUCAAACCUGAAAUGACCUAAACUCUAGAAUACAUUGGGGAAACAAGUGCCCAUUCCCACAUGCCAACCUUAUCCAAGAUCUGGCUGACUGAAAUAAGGGACAGGGCCUGCAGGGCCUUGUGAGUGGUGGCACCUAUACUCUGAGAUUUACCUUAAGAGCACUGUUUAGAGAUGGUGGCUAAUCAGAUUUUGUUUUAUUUUUGAAUGGUUUCUAAUGGAUUUUAAUAGCUAUUUCAUUUUAUUAUAUGUUCUAUUUUAUAUAUUUUUUGUUGGGACUGUCUCAUAUUUCUGCAGUGACUUGUCCCAUGGGCUCCGUUGAGCCACAGUGUGAGAUUUAAAAUGAUUAAAUAAACCUCGUGUUGUUCUCCCAUUGCAGUCCCCUUAUUCUUUAUUCAGCUCUCCAAUGGCAAAUAUGUCCACCUCUGUUAAUGCUGCAGUUCCGUGAUACCACUGCUUAGAUCUCUUCCCUCUUGGCUUCCUGUCUGCUCUUACAUGCAGCGUGACCUCUUCAUCCUUUCUCUUGAAAACCUUCAAGCAGACCUUGCCCCCGCCUCUUUUCUUUCAUCCCAUGACGCUAACCUUUCAGAGUUCCUUGAGAGUGGCAAGUAUACAGGCAGAAGUGAUCCAGUCAACACAGCAUACAUAAGACUUUCAAAAAGACUCCCCCAUUCAGCUUAGCAGUCACAGAACAAUAAGCAAGUUCCUCUUUUGGAUCAGUAACUGGUUACAGAACAGAGAGCAGAGAGAGUAUGCAUCAGUACAAACUUCUGGGAAUGGAGGAAGUAGAGCCCCAUCCCCCCCCCCCCCGGCAUUGGGACCUGCUUUUUCUUGGCUGCUCUGAAGUUCUCCGUUCACAACCUCCACUCUUCUUACCUCUGAAGCUCUUCUCCUCUCAAAUGACUCUACCCUUUCCCCCUUGCUGCCCUGUGUGUGCUUCAAACUGCCUCUUAGAACACUUGUAGGGUGCCAGCUCUUCCUUCAAAUUUCACCUCUCCUUUUCCAUGAAUGCUUUGGCACAACCUCCUUUGACCAAACUGCAUCUAAGCCUAAGUAUGUGCAUUACUGUAUGGAGCUGCCUAUGUCUCCCUUGUUAUCUGUCUCCUUUGCUACCCCCACCCAGUUCCUCCCUUGUCUCCCCUUUGUUGAAUUUUUGAAUGCGAGCCCACUGAUGUUUUUUUCCUUAAUCGUAACACAAGGCGCAUUGAUGGCAGUAUAUAAGCAUAGUGAAUUACACAGCACAAAAUUUCCCCUGUAUUUUCAGUAUCUCUCAGCAAUAGAAGCAACUUCUUUGUUCCUUUUUAACGAAAAGCUUAAGAUUCUCUGCAUUCAACAGGAGUUCCUUGCUGCCGUUCCUCACCCGCCAAGUACCAGAGUAGUAUGGCCACAAUCAGAUAGUACCUGGAUUCUUCUCCCUUGUCAUGUUCAUGGCAGUGAUUGAGCAUGUCAGAGCCUUGCAUUUGCCUCAUGAAAUGUCAAGGAAGCAUUAAGAUAAGCCUUUUAGAUAUUCCAAAUGAACUGGUACCAACUUUCACCUUCUAGCUAGAGGUCAGGAGAGAAAGGUUCUAUUCCAGCCUUCUCUCUGACACCCUCAUCUCAGGGAAGAGUUUUCUUUGCAGGGACAUUCAGUCAUGUAAAAUGUCUUAAAGUGGUACAGCCCAGACACUGGUCCAUUCUCUGCAGUGUGAACUAGACCAUAGUGUUGCGGGUUGGAGAUAAGGAUAGUGUGCCCAGUGUGGGGUGCUCCGUGAUAAAUCCAGUCAUUAAAUAAGCUGGUUAGGUGGGAUAUUAUCCAGGGUCUAAGCCUCUGUGAUCGUUGUGUGUCAUCUCCCCACCCCCAAACUACAGAUUAAUUAAUUUUCUUCUUUGUUUUGUUUAGAGCAAAUUGCACCGAAUACUUCCCAAUAUUUCUUUCACUCUUGUGGGUGGCUGGAGUCUUUUUCCAUCAAGGUAAAAAGCAAACCUUAAUUCAUAAAACUCUUAAUGUGAAAAGCAUAAAACGUUUUUGUCAGCUAAGCUGCUGCCGCUACGCUACUUACACAGCUGCCAAAUGAUGUUUGUUGCUACAUCAUAGGGUGGCACUCAGCUGCCGUGUCAUGUCAGUGCAAGAGUUCUGCUUGUGCAAUGGGACUUCCCCCCACCCCUCUUCCCUGUCUGGUGUGGGAGUAGGAGAGAGGGAGAACUUUCUCUUGGGCAAGUAGAAAUCAUUGUGCUGGUGGAACAAGACACUUAAGUAUUCUGUUGGAUUUCAUCCUAUGCUAACAUUAUUGCAUAUUUUGAGCAAAGGGUUCAAAGCAAGGGUUCUGCUCUUUAAAUGAGGUGGCUUCAUGCUUCAGGUUAGAAGUGGGCAACUUAUUUUGCUUCUGAAGAUCACAUGUGAUGGGUGGCCACUCAGGGGCCUCAUUCCACUGGGCUGAUGUUGGCUGUUGCCUGCACAUAGAUGUUUUAUGUCUCUCAUGUGCAGACACAUGCGCUCUCUCUCUCUCACUUACACACACACACACACACACUGUCGCUUGCACACAUUCAUGGUAAACAUGAUUGCUGCAAGUGUCUUUCACUGCAAAGUGUGACUAAUAUAACCUGUAAGUCAGGACCCAAUCAGAGAUACAGGCACACAGGGGGUUUAAGAUGUCAGUAUCCUGUCUGUACUUGACUUGCUUGCUGCAGGAAGCAGUGGUGAAACUACAGCAGUUGUUUCUGCCACAUGUAAUGUGUGAAGCCACUCUAACAUGUUUUUACCCUCAGUUUUGCUUGCAAGUUUGUGAAAGGGUGAAAACAAAUGCUCAUUUGAGCCACUUCUUGAAACUGUUUUGUGUAGCAUGUGACAUAAUGGCCCAAUCCACAUAGCAAGUCCUUUACUCCCCAAAUUCCCUUUGGUUGUGGUAGCAUGGUAAUUCCAGAGCCUAGGGGGGGAAUCUUUAAAGUUCCAGGAAAGUCACUGCUGUCAGGGGAAGGGCUAAGUAGAAUCCUUCUCCUCUGACCUCUAGCUGGGAGGUGCUAUGACCUUCCAAGUUGGUGCUGAUUGAUUUGGAAGACCUCAAAGGCUUAUUUUAAUGCUUAAGUCACAGCAAAAACAAGAAUCCUGUGGCAACUUAAAACACUGACAAAUUUAAUGUGGCACAAUAGCACAAGAUGCUUUCAAGUAGUGAUGGUAUGGUAAAUAGUUGUUUUCACUAUUAAGGCAAGGCUAAUGCAGGGGCUGUUGUGACCUCAGACUCCUGCUUUGCUUUGGUUCCCUUCUCCAAAUAACUGAUGAAUGCGGACUUCUGCAGAACUUUGUGUGCUUGGAUGUAUCUUGUGAGUUGUUGUAGCGUAGUGCUUAAGAGCAGGAACUGUAAGCGUAAGCUUUUGAUGGGUUUUUUGUUUGAAAAUAGGGUCAAUCUUCCCAAGUCUUUCCAUAAUAACUACUUUGAUUGUCUCCUCCUAUAGUUUUGGCUGCAUGCUGUGGGGUUCUUUAUCUGAUUGCUCGCUAUCAGUACUUUAGUGGAUAUGCACGAUGUGCUCAAGGAAGGUGAGUUGUUCUAAGCACAAUGCUCUGUGUUUUUCAGUGUGCCAGUCAGCUUCUCUCUCAAAUAGGCAAGUGCCUGUCUGCCACCUCUGGAUAUUAGCUGGCAUCUGCAGUCUUGAUGGCAGCCUAACCUUGUAUCCCUUCAGGCUACUGAUGGGGGGUGGGCAUACAGAGCCGAGUGCUCUUCCAUACCAAACACAUUCCUUACUUAUAGAAAACUAAGUAUCGGGGGGCAUUACCGUUUUCCUGGCAUCUAGAUUUUUAUGUGUAGGUAUGUGUUGUAGUUUCUUGAUGCAGAGGUGCAUUUAAACCCGUGAGCUCCAACUGCAGCCUGAAAUGAUACACCCCACAAACAGACUGACCACUUUACUGAGAGCAGUACCUUGCUUCAGCAACCACAGGUGGCACACAUUCUUGAUCUCCUUUUUACAAAACCUCUUUGGAAAGCAGCCCUGCUUAAGGAUGUCCCAUGUCAGGAGAUAAUUGCCCUGUAAUCAUCAUAGGGGGUGGGGCUUGGACUUGACUGAUGACUUUCUUAGGAAAGAGAACAGGAAGGGGGUCACUGGACAGGAGCUUCAAAAGUCCUGUAAGUGACUGUAUCCUCCUUGGUUCCCAGUUCCAACAGGAUCCUGUGUUAUAUGGAAAACUUUCUAUUUGUUGAAAUUCUGUUUGGUGUUGUCAUCAGAAAUGGCCAAAGAAAUUAGAAAAAGAUUUAAAACCAGAUUUAACAAAUGGUACACAUGAGGUUGUGAGAGCUAAAACUUUUCUAUACCUUCAGACUAAUUGCAGUUGUCUCAAAGUCUAUUUAUCAUAUUACUAUGGAAAUCAUUACCCAAGAGAAGCUUUUAGUAAGUGUCCCAACUGACCACCCGAUCCUAAUAGCAACUAACAUCUUGUGUUCUUGUUCCUCUCCACAGACUCGCCCCCUUGUACCUCAGUGCUGGAGUUCUUUGCAUUCUUAUCGGCUUGUCUGUUACAGGGCUCCUUGUCUAUUUUGUGCCACUCCCACGUUUUUUAUUCCCGAAGUGAGCUUCUGAGUCAGCAUCUACUGCCCUUCUGCUGGUAAAUUAUCCUGCUUAUGACACCAUAGGUUUCAACUGUCCAACAUUCAUUUCAUUUCUUUAAAUUAAAAUGAUUGUACAUCUUGCUUUCUUUUUAAAAAAAGCAAUUUUGUGAUGGUACAUUUUCUUAGCUGUGUUGUGGUUGCAGCAGUUUUUACAUUAAAGUGAC